CGCUGCACUCCUGGGGCGCGCAGGAGUCGUUUCCUGCACGUCCAUUGUUGUAUGCUUUGGGCUGAUUUUGGAUCUUGUCCUCUGUCUGCGCCACGCUUUCUAGUUCAGUUUGUACUUGCGCUGGUUCCUCGACGUUGUCGUCUUCGCGGGAAAGGCUUGUAUGUCAAUCAUGGUAUAGCUUUGCGCAGUUCUUCCUACACUUUUGAGGCCGCUGCCUUGCUAGCAUGACCAUUCCCGGUCUUGUUCUGAACCCGUCCAUUUCGUUGCCCGUUAUUUCGCGGCGAUGGCGAAUUUACCUCCGUCUUUACAAGCGGGCACGCCUGUAAGUGAACGAGGCUUCGCAUCGUUUCAAUGGUAUCCAAGCACCUCAACUCCAAGUGUCGACUCCUCGUACCAAAGAGCAGAGGUUGAGACCAGGCGACGCGAAUCCACAGUCUCCAUUGGGAGUAUACGGACGACACGCCAAUACUCUUACGGAGACGAAAGCGCAUACACACCCGACGAAGAUCUUUUGCCUCUCCGCAACAUCUCACAAACGCAUUCGCCCACAUAUUUCUCGCUGAAUACCAGAUAUGAGCCCGUAACGAACCCGUUUGAUGCGACAGGCGCUACGGCCCAAAAGCCUGCGCGCAAGCAGAGUUUGCUCAGCAAGAUAGGGUCAAUUCGCUCGGCCAGACGAUCUCGAUAUGGAUCUGUCGACUCAGAGGACCCCGAACAUGGCCUCAGCAGAGCUACUCGGCACCAGAGGCUCGCAAGCGUGGACGAAGAAGACGCCGGUUUAGAGUACGGGAUCGAUCUCUCCACCCUGGAAAGCCCUUUAGAAACAAAAAAAACAACGCAGAUCUUUUCACGUCAUAGACGAAUGUCGCGUUUCGGCAGCGAGGAGAUUGCGCCAGAGCAGCUCGCGGUGGCGCUAGGCAGUGGUCUAGACAACGUCAGCACAAGGUACUUUGACUCAAGCAAGGAUCGCUCCGUGACAGAUCUCAGCGCGCGCAACAAUGCGCAGAUCUUAGCGGACAAGAGCGGAGAGAUUUUGGCUGUACAGGAACGACAUUCAAGCGUGUCAUCUGAUAUCACGGCCUUAAGUGGCGGUUUCAAUGCGCGAAGAAGUUCAGCAAAGAACUCAUCGAGCACAUUUGGCAAGACAAGCUACUUCUUCCCGACGGAUCCUGUGCAGCCCAAUUGGAGGCCCGUAACGAUGCACUGGGCGUACAUUCUCAUGCUUGUGAUCGUCGCCGUCGUUCUGGCAGGCGUGCAAGAAUACUUGUGCCAAGUUUCACUCAAGAGGCAAGAGCAUAACGGUGGGCUAUUAAAGUUCAAGAAGCCCCAGGAUCUGACGCUGAUGGAGUAUUUCUCGUGGAAGUACAUGCCAACCAUUGUCCUCCUGACGUACGGUAUCAUGUGGAUGGUGGUAGACUUCGAAUGUAAGCGCUUAGAACCGUUUUACCAGCUGUCGAGGAAAGGAGGUGCCACGGCCAGAGAUUCGUUGAAUCUCGACUACAUCACCUUCCUGUCGUACUUUGUGCCGAUCAAAGCGCUUAGAUCGCGACAGACGGCAGUCAUGCUUUCGUCAAUGGCCACCCUACUUGCCGGCUCUGUCACCCCAAUCUUACAAUCGGCAAGUGUCGUCAUGGAGCCAAAGCCGCAAAGUCGGCAAGAUGGCGAGUUCAAGUUUGUCCGGAUCGAUCCAAGGUGGUCCCGAGCCGUGACUGUUACGUUGUGCCUUGUAGCUGUCCAAGGCAUUGUUCUGCUUGAACAGCUGAGGCGGCGCAAGAGCGGUCUUCUAUCGGACCCGAAAGGCAUUGCUGGCAUCGCAUCCAUGGCCACAAAGUCGCACAUUCUCAACGAUUUCAAAGGAUUGGACAGAGCAUCAAAUCAGGCCAUCCACGAUCGACUCAGGACGCGACGUUAUAACCUGCACAAGUCAUCCCUCUGGCAAGGUGAGUAUAUCAAAACUUCGGAGACGGCGCAGGAGAAGAUCAAGGAGGAAAAUCCUCAUCCGAUUCUCCUGCGACUGCACGCCGGCAUUCCUUUCAUCGCUUACAUGGUCUGCCUCGGAAUCCUGAUCCCGGUCUUCAUGUUCGUCAGGAACGCGAACCGAGUCACGGAGAAACUGCCGUGGCUGAUGACAGCCCUUGCCACUAUCGUCAAGCUGCUUUGGGGCUGCUUGGACAUGAAUCUGCGCGUCAUAGAGCCGUACUACAUUCUCAGUCGGGGCAAGGCUCCGCCAAAGACGUUGACCAUGGAUUAUACCGGCACGGUGCCAGGUUGGCUAACCGUCAAAGCGGCUAUGAAUGGCCAGUACCUCACGGCCCUGGUGGGAUGGGGUGCGAUCCUCGCCGAAGUCCUCACAGUCUGCGUUACGUCCUUCAGCGUCGACGGCCUCAAGUUCAUCUCCGGCGACGGUGGUAGUCCCAAUGACGAUGACAGUAACGAUCGAUAUAAUACAGACCAGACAUUUCGAUCCUUCUGGGUAAGCUUUGCUCUGGCGCUGGGCAUCCUGAUCUAUCUUAUCACUGUCGCCAUCAUCGUCUACAUGAAACGGUCGCACAAAUUCCUGCCUCGGCAACCUGGUACGAUUGCCGGUGUCCUGGCGUAUAUCCACCAGAGUCAAAUGCUACUUGACUUCGUAGAUACUGAGGAGCUAAACAGCACGCAAAUGACCAAGCAUCUGGAGGCAAAGGGAAAGACGUAUGGGCUGGGUUGGUUCACGGGAAGGGAUGGUGAGGAUCACUGUGGCGUAGAUCAAGAGCCGCUGAGAGCGAAGUACAAGUUCGGCGUGGAUUGGUCGCAGACGCAUGUCUCUGGCGCGCAGAUUGGUACAUGGGAGCAUUAUUAGCAUCGCAGGUUCCGCUCAUUUGUAAAUAUCGUUCGCGUCUGCGUUAAUUUCGUCGCUAGAGAUACCCCUCGAGCAUGACGCGACAAUCCAAU